UAAAUUCUAGUGGGUUUCAGCAGCUUUGGAGAAGCUCUUCUCUUGCCAUGAGAAGCCUUUCACCCUGCAUCAAUUACCUCUAAUUCCCUCUGCAAUUUCCCUGCAACCCAUCUCUCUUCCUCUCUCUAAAAAACAGAAACUCAAUUAGCAAUCUGAUUCACAGUUAUGUUAGGGAAGAGAUCAAGGCCAGUUCAGAAGGGCCCCAAUCCACUAACAAUAGCAGAUACUGCUAAAUUUAGCGACGAUUUUGCAAAGAGCCCGACAAGCCCACUUGAUUGCAGGAUUAGAUCGCCAAGGGGGUGGGAGAGCAAGGAUUUAGAGGGGAUUGGACUGGGAAUUGUAGCUGCUCUGAACAAAACACGGGAAACCAAGGCAAAAUCAAUGGUGGGUAGUGCAAAAAAGGCCGCUAAUUUAUCAGAAACCCACCCUAUUCCUAUAAACACGGCUAAAUUCUCUGCUAAAAUUAGACCCAAUUUGGAGGAUACUGAAAUUGGGUGCUCUGAGAGUUACUGUAGAGUGAUGUUUCAUGUGCCCAAGUCUCAUAUGAACAGGGCAUACAAUGAGGGGAGGGAAGAGAGAGGUGGUUUUGAUCAGAACAGUAGAGAUUAUGGAGUGUUUUGUGCGUCUUCGCCGCCGAAUUUUGCCGAUUUCUCUAUGUUUCCGACAGCUGAUUUUCUGAAGUCCUGUUACUUGUGCCGGAAAAUGCUUCAUGGGAAGGACAUAUACAUGUACAGAGGGGACAAAGCAUUUUGCAGCAUCGAUUGCCGAUACCGGCAGAUCGCCAUCGAUGAAUACUCGGAGAAAUGCAGUUCGAACCUCUCGGUUUCUCCAUAUUCAGCCAAUGGGGUGCUAUCUGCAAGCGUAGCCGCUGCAUAGCUCUCAAUAACUUCACCUCAAAAAACAGAGAGAGAGAGAGUUAAAUCAGUUUACGGCUUAUGCUUAUGUAUACGAGUAAUUGAACAGUUGGUUGAUGAGUUCCAAACAUGGAAGCUUUUCUAAUGCCAACUGAAUUAAGAGCUUGAUGCUUGGGCUUUAAACAAAAACAUCAACAGUUUUUCUCUUCCUUCUUCUCAGACUGCUUAUGAGUUUUAUCAGAGCAUUUGUCAUGGAGAUUGAUUGUGUUGUGUAAGCUUCAUGUGCAAAUUAUGGGCUUAAGCCUAUGAUUAAAGAAAAAUGACUUGAUUUUGAAGGAUAAAGAGCUAAAGGUUCAGGUGUUAAUAGAAUUGGGAUUUUGAGAGUGUUUGAUAGGCUC